AUGGAUUUCAUGGACAGGCUCUACGAUCCAGAUGCAGGCUACCUCUUCUACUUCAACACUGCCUUACUUCAUGAGACCAGAAGCUCGAGCUGGUAUAGCGCUGGUCUCCUCGCCCGGAACGAAAACGAUGAUCGCGAACAAGCCAUCAAAAUCAUCAACAAUAUCAUCGCACCCCAAUUCCAGAACGCCAGCCAGCAAUGGUACGGAGACUACCAGGUGUAUCCAGAACAGCCGACACCAGGCACCGAAGCCUAUCCCGACGUCAUCUACAAUUCCUGGGAUCCCAACUGGCGCGGCUUUAUCGGCACGGCGUUCAUCGUGAUCCUGGAGGAAUUCAGUCACUUGCUUCCACCAGCGUUGCAAGUCCGCAUGGUCAGGAGUCUGCAUUUGGAUGCGAUUGGUGACACGUACCGCGUCGGAGGCGUGGCAGGUGAUAAUCUCUAUUCGAGCUAUAGCAAUGCCGCUCUCAUGCAUACCGUCCUGUCCGCUUGGGUGGGAUACAAGACCGGAGACGCCAAUCUGACGGCCGAAGGAGAGACGUGGGCCAGGGAGAUCGUCGAGCUCUUCGAUCGCAAUUCCACGCUCUCCGAAUUCAACAGUCCGACUUACCUGGGUGUUUCGCUCUUCGCUCUGACGCUGUGGGACCGGUAUCUCCCACCCAAUUCGACCCUAGCUGCGAAUGGAGGGAGGAUGAUCAGUGCCAUUUGGGACCUUGUGGGGGAGAUGUAUAAUGCCAAUAUGAAGAAUCUGGCGGGACCGUGGGAUCGUAGUUAUGGAUACGAUAUGAAUCGAUAUCUCUCGGUCAUGGGCCUGUGGAUUUGGUCUUUUGUCGGACUGGAUCGGGCGCCGGUGUAUAAGAAGCCUUGGGCCGUGGUGAGUGAGGUUUCGCGGAGUCUUGGAUGGUCUCGAAAGCUGCUCAUUCCCGUGCACAGGCUCAUGUCGAUGACCUCGAGAUUGGACCACUCAUUGCCAUCCUCUCCCCGUACCAUGAACGCUUCAUUGGCUCCAAUGCUCUGAAAGCCUUCACUUCGUUUCCCGGAACACACGUCGUUCACUCGUCGGCAUAUUCUCCAGCAUACGACCAUUCCCAGCGUAACACGACGACCUUUCUGUCCGCUAACCUGACGAUUGGGGUAGAGUCUUUUGAUGAGAACGUGGUCGGGGGACCAAACAUCAACCAAGCAUCAUUCAAUCCGAUGGUGAUCCAAUGGCUGAAGAAUGACGGCAAGACGGGUUUCAUCACCCUCUAUCCGGAAGUGGAAGCAAUGCAGGCGAGGGUGAUACCGGACGAUAGCGGGACAAGGGCGAGAGUGAGCCUGACCUACCCGUAUGGAAACGAGACUAGCCGCUUCACAUUCCAUGUGGACUCCAAUGGGCUCGCCGGUCCCAGAGACGUAGCAUCUUGGGCAGACAUCGAGGGGAUCCGAGUGAGCGUCUCGAAUGAAUCGACGGUGGAUUUGGUACCGAGCGCGAGCUUUUGUGGGUUAGUAGGAGGAGCAUGCGACACGAUCAAGUAAGUGUUGUCGUUGAUUCGCUUCUUCGGAUGCCGACCGACCAGCCAAAUGCUGACAGGCUUUUGUUGUCGGUAGCGAGUUUGACUUCUGGAAUUUCACGUAUGCGAUGCCGGCUGGGAGUCCCGCCGUUGCUCGUAUCGUCCUCGAUUUGGAGAUGGUGUAG